AUGAAAGUUCUCCUUCUAAUCACUGCCAUCUUCGCAGUAACUGUAGGUUUCCCGGUCUCUCAAGACCAGGAACGAGAGAAACGAAGUGUCAGUGAGAGCAAUGAAUCACCUUCACAAUUUUAUGUGCCCCCUGAAUCACCUGCACAGUUUUAUGUGCCCCCCUUCCAAAAUCCAUUUGGCCCAUAUUCACCAUUCCUAUUUCAAGGAUAUCCAUGGUUUAGAUAUUAUUUUCCUUUUCCAAUACCUUUGUCGGCCUCUUCAACUACCCCUCUUAAUGGAUAG